CGACAUAAAAAAACGUGGUGAAACGAUUACAUCACUUCUACAUCAUCUCGACAUCCACCCCAAAACGUCACGCAGUUUCGCCCCCUGUAUCUCAGGGUCUAGUCUAUCUAUUCCUGGACUUGUGCCACCCAUGCAGGAACAACGGCUGCGCAUAGGCUGUGAAUUAAUGUAAGUAUCAUUGCCGCAUCAUACAAGGUGCUCGGCUAUGAUGCCGACGACUUGCCGUCGCAUCGAUCUGGCUGUCGCGCGAGUAUAACAACACGCUGGAGGCAGCAAAGCACCAAAGUCACAUUCAAACUCUGAUUUUUACUCCAUUCUCUACUUCAGUCACGUUCAUCCGUAAAGAUGCAGCACGUUCUACAAGCCGGUCUAAGCUCAGGGAUGUCAGCCGUGACUGGCAUUCAUAGCGGCAAGCACACCAAACCCAACCCAGUGGACCCUUCAUAUGAUGGGCUUGCCGCCGUAAUGCCAGAGGACUGGGUCCCAACUGCUGACACCAAGGUUGUAUACAAGGGCAAGAACGGUGAUGUCCACGCACCGCCACUAUGCAUCGGCGCAUGGUCGUGGGGUGAUACCUCUACCUGGCACUGGAAGCCUGAGGAAGAGCCCCAUGUAGCUGCAGCCUGGAAGCACUGCCUCAGCAAAGGCGUCAAUUUCAUCGACACCGCCCAAGUCUAUGGUACAGGAAUGAGCGAAACCAUCUGUGGGAGGCUAGUCCAGGGCCUUCCCAGAGACAGCUUCGUCAUGCAAGACAAAUUUUUCGUCGUACCACAAGCGAAAGAUGUCCUUCAUCCUACAAUGGCACCACUGAAGAAGCUCGAAACCUCACUUAAGAACUUCGGCCUUGAUUACAUCGACAUCUACCUUGUCCAUGGGCCCAUCCAUCUCCAGACCAUCUCUAUGAUCGCCAAAGGCAUGGCAGAAUGCGUAGAAAAGGGCAUGACCAAGACCGUUGGCGUAGCAAACUACAGCCUCGCAGACAUGAUCAAGAUGUCAGACGAACUAGCCAAGUAUGGUGUCCCCCUUGCCAUCAAUCAAGUCGAAUUCUCUGUCCUCCGCCGAGAACCGGAACUCUCUGGUCUCCUUCAGGCUUGCAAAGAACGCGGUAUCGUCCUGCAAUCAUACUCGUCGCUUGCCCAAGGUCGUCUUACAGGUAAAUACACGGUAGACAACCCGCCACCAAAGACAUAUCGCUUCUCUAGCUAUGAUAUGAAGGAUAUCGAGCCUGUCAAUGCUUUGCUGAAAAAGAUUGCCGAAAAGCGCGGUGUGCCACUGAGUGCUGUGGCGCUGAACUACAAUAUGUGUAAGGGAAUCACACCUGUUGUCGGUGUGAGGAAGGAGGAACAGGCGGUCAGCAAUUGCGCGGCAUUGGGGUGGAGGCUCAGUAACGAGGAAAUUAGGGAGAUUGAUGGGGUUAGCUUCCAAGGUCAUACUACCGCUUUGUGGCAGCAGGGUUGAACUGGCAGGCUGUGGAGAAAGCAAAUUGGAUAUGUUUUGUAGUAUCAAUUUAGUGAUACCCCUAAUCCAAAAUUUAUUCAAUUCGCUGCCUUGUGUAGGGAGCAGAUCACCAGGUGCGGUCGCACGUCGUCAUCUGCACUUGUGUGGAUUGCCUCGUAUCGUAGAGAUUGGAUGCUUUGAAAGACCAAAUAGAUUGUGGGUCGUAGACUCUUCGUUUGUAGAAGCAUGAGUAUCCCUCAGGUCCCGCUAAUCCGCGCUAGUCUACGGUUGCAGC